UUUCAAGUAUUUGAUAUCUGCUGGUUGAAGAAAAAAUUUUUUACUCACAAUGAGAGGGAGAAGAUGCAAACAUAUUUCCACCCAGGUUUGCUCUGUGUACAUACAACAAUUUAAAAACAUGAAUUUAAUAUACUGCAGUAAGUUAAACACAAAAACGUUAUUGAUGUUUUCGAAAAAGUAAUACGGAAAAAGCAAUGCUUUUCAUUAGAAUUAAUGCUAUGUUUGAAUCCAAUAUUUCAACAUUGAAUCAUUCGGUUGCAUUGUGCUCUUUUUCUGUAAGAACUUCUCUUGUUGCAUAGCAAGAUCCUAAUUAUUUUUAAGAGCUAUUCAAUCAUUGAAAUUUAUGUGGUUUAAUAACUUGAACCUCACAUUAUUCAAUCAUUUGAAUUUAUAUACGUCUUUCAUAAAAACUUAUGAACUGUAAUCUUCAGAAUUUGCACACUUUAAUGCUUGAAAUUCAUUCUUUAAAAGCAUUUAAAAGCUCAAUAAUUUUGUCCUUAAAAUUUGUCAACUUCAAUCCGUAAAAUUGAUAACCACGAGUGUGGGAGAAAAAUGCUCCCGAUGUUUGGAAUAAAAAUUAAAAUCUGUCAAUAAAGGAUAAUAUUUGAAAUGAACGGCAACGUAAGCAUGUAGAUGUAAUUCCUUGCAUAAAAAUACAAAGUACAUAUUACGAAUUACAAAUCAUGAAUCUUCAAGAGCUUUUAAAUUAUUUUGAACUUUACUACUGACAAAGAAACUUAAAGCAGCUAUGGAAACAAGAGGAAAUUCCUUUUUCGAAAACUGCAAUUCAUCUGGAAUCGAACUUAAUGAAACUUUCCUAAUAUCUGACGAUUUUAAUCUCAGCAUUAUUUCGAGUAAUAUAUCAAAGAAUGACAGUUACCAAGAGAUUUAUAGAGGAGGUGAUAAAAUGUAUUGGGCGUUGCUGUUACUACCGUUGCCACUUGUAGCUGUGUUUGGAAAUAUUUUAGUUAUCCUGAGCGUUUAUAGAGAGAGAAGCUUACAGACUGUGACGAACUAUUUUAUCGUCAGUUUGGCUUUUGCUGAUUUGUUGGUGGCAGCCGUUGUGAUGCCAUUUGCAGUUUACGUUCUGGUUAAUGGUGAUUGGGAAUUAAGUAAUACUCUAUGCGAUUUCUACAUUGCACUAGAUGUUACUUGUAGUACUGCGUCCAUAUUCAAUCUAGUUGCGAUAAGUGUGGAUAGGUACAUUGCUGUAACGCAACCAAUCAAGUAUUCGAAGCAUAAAAAUACGAGCAGAGUUCUUUUGACAAUUGCUGGUGUUUGGUUAAUUUCAGCAGGUAUUGGAUCUCCAAUUGUGCUUGGUUUAAACACAUCUCCCGAAAGAACACCGGAGCUUUGUAUUUUUUAUAGCUCAGAUUUCAUCAUCCUUUCUUCCAUUGGCUCAUUUUAUAUACCAUGUUUCAUCAUGAUAUUUCUAUAUUAUAAAAUUUUUAAGGCUAUACACGCGAGGGCGAAGAAAAACAAACUAAGGCAAACGAAUUCUGAGUCCGGUGGAGCCAGGAGUAACGAAAGUGCAAGUUUGACAAACGAUCCACCGGCAACCAUCUCCAAACGUCAGGAAGGAGAGAAUCAGGUGACAACAUGUCUUCAAGUCGUCAUAGAAAAAGAUGGCUUCACUACAAACACGGGCAGUGGCAGCCAAGAUGAUGAAUACGAUGAGGACACAAUUGGUGAGGACAAUUUUCGGCACGAAGCCGCUGUCAAGGGUGCAUCUGCCAUGUUGCUAAGUGCUUUUAUGACAGAAACAAUCAGGAUUGAGAUUCCCAUUAAUGGAAACACCGAUUCUGGUUACGGGACUUCUCAUGUCGAGCAUGAGACACAGUUCGCUUCGAUGGUGGAACAUGAUUCACCGAACCAUGACGGAAAGGGGGGAUACCAAACGAAAAAAUUCGGACAGCAGAAAAAAAAUGGUGUCUCCAAGAGAAACGAAGGUAGUGACAUUUCCGGUGGGAUAAGGAAGAAGUCUAGAUUUAAUUUAGGCAGAAGACACAAGAGUAGCAGGAAAAAAAGGGAAAAAGCUUCUGCUAAGAGAGAAAGGAAAGCGACUAAGACACUGGCGAUCGUAUUGGGCAUGUUUCUCUUUUGUUGGGUGCCCUUUUUCUCUUGCAAUGUGCUGGAUGCUAUUUGUAUCAAGUUAGAAAACGACGACUGGAGGCCUGGAAUGGCCAUGUUUCUUGUAACAACAUGGCUGGGGUACAUUAACAGCUGCGUCAAUCCGGUCAUUUAUACUAUUUUUAACUUGGAGUUUCGAAAAGCGUUCAAAAAACUGUUGGUGGAUUACUGGUGGUGCUAGCAUCACGUGUUUCGACGAAGAAAAGAAAUCUCAUCCCAAUAAAGAGAACUGAUUAUUUAUUUUAAUGAAACUAAAUGCUCAUGUAUUUUCAAAAUUGUCUA